CAUAGAAGAGAAAAUAAAAAUUAAGAAAGAAAAAAAGAGAGAGAGAGAGAAAUGGAGAAGAAACAAGAUUAAGAAUUUCCCUUUGAAAGAGGUGGUGGCUGGUUAAGGGUUUCCUCUUUCCCUAUUCUUUUUUCUCUUCAAAUCACGCAUCCACCACCAUCGUCAUCGUGAUCUAUAACCUCCAUGCGCCGAGGGAGAGGAACCGCCGUCGUCGUCGCCGCCGCCGCCGCAGAUCCAACCCCGGCGGCGGAGCGAGAAUCUCCGGCGAAGGAGACGCGGUUCCGCGGUGUAAGAAAGCGGCCAUGGGGACGAUUCGCGGCGGAGAUUAGAGAUCCGUGGAAGAAAGCCCGCGUGUGGUUGGGAACCUUCGAUUCAGCCGAGGACGCGGCCCGGGCUUAUGACGCUGCAGCCCGAUCCUUCCGCGGGCCCAAAGCGAAAACAAACUUUCCUUUCCCAAACCCUGAGAUGGAUCACUCUCAUAUUCCCCUUUACCAAGACCAUGGGUUUUCUAAGUUCGACCCGGUCCAAGUGAACCGGCCCACGACCAGCGGCAUGAGCAGCACCGUUGAGUCUUUCAGCGGGCCUAGGGUACCUUCUUCUUCCACUCUCCACCCACGUCGACCACUCAACCCUCUCCCCGUCGACGAUUGCCACAGCGACUGCGACUCCUCCUCCUCCGUCGUCGACGACGAAGACUGCGUCCUCACCUCAUCCUUCCGGAAACCCCUUCCCUUCGAUCUCAACCUCCCUCCUCCCGCCGAUGACGACGCCGACGACCUUCGCGCUACCACUUUGUGCCUCUGAUGAUCGAUCCGUCUACGUAUCCAUCUUUGGUAUAAUCGCCGCCUCAUUUUCUUUUGAUUUUUACUUUUUUUUUCCGAGGAACUAAAAUUUAAAAAAAGGGAAAAAUGUUUCCGACUUGUUAGAUUAUUAUGAUGUUGUAGAGUUAAAAAAUAGGCAUAGCCAUCUUUGUUGUGAUGUGGUGAUGAAAUGAAGGUUGGUUUCUUGGAACUUGAUGGUUAUGUCUUUGUUGUUGUAAGUUAUUUGGAUCCUAUGUCAUAGCAUUGGACAUGAUCUGAGAGUAGAUCUUCUGCUUUCACUCUGGAUCUGCUUCUUACCCCUUAGAACUUACCUUUUUCUUUUUCUGUACAAAAAUUAUGGCAAUCAGAUCAUAGAAUAAAUUACAUUCUAAUUAAUUACUCUUUGCUUGUUUGUGUUGUUUGGUCUGCAUUGUAUUUUGCAUUUGCAUUUGGGUGGGUAAUUUCUGUGUUGGUCUUGUUAUUGAGAGAAGGAUAAAACCC